AUGCUUGCAAAUGAUUUUUCAUCGAAUGGUGAAGAUGAAAGUUUCGAUGAUUCUUAUGGUAGUUCAUUAACAGAUUCUUUUACAAGUUUGGAAUUAAAUAAAAGUGAAAAUCAAAUCAACGAACAAUGGGAAGCCAUUGAAAAAACAUUAUACGAAGAAGAUGGAGAACACGUGACAAAUCCGACUCUGUUAAAAGAAUGUAAAUUAUGGAGAGAAUCAUUUCCUCAUAUUCGCAUAAGAGGAACUAAAAUCGAUUUGAAACAACAGGAAGAGGAGAAGGAAAAGGAAGAUGGGGAUGAAAACGAUGAGAAAAGCGUUCAAACGUUAGAAAAUCAUUUGAAAUUAAAUAAUAUUGAAAAAAAGAGGGAAAAAAUAAAAACAAAAGUCGUGGACGAAUUAGUCGAGAGAUUGAUAGCAAAAUUUAAUUUGAAAAAACAAAAUGGUUUACAAGAUCAAAGUUCAAAAUGGGAAAACGUUCAAAAUGGCGGAGUUGAAAUAACUGAAAUAACAACAACAUCAUCCGAUUUACAAUCGCCGUCAUCGAAUAAUAAUAAUAAUAAUAAUAAAGAAAAUGAUUCGUCGUUUAAAACCGAAAACGAUAAUGAUGAUAAUAAUAAUGUAAAUAUUAAUAACGGUCACGAUGAUGAUGGUGGUGGUGGUGGUGGGAGUGGGGGUGAUGAUGGCGACGAUGAUGACAAUAAAUUAAAUGAUAAAAAAAUAAUAGGGAUAAUUAAUGAAAAUAAAAUUGUUCUUCCAAACGGCGAUAGGGAAUCGUAUUACGAACGUGGAAAAUCAUCGACUUCCGGAAAUGAAGAAAAAAAUUUCGAUGAUAUUGAAAAAAGGCUGUGCGAAAUAUUUGAUUCGUGGGAAAUGGACGACGUUCACAAUUCUGAGGCGAAUCGAGAUGGCGGUGGCGAUGAUGAUGGCGAUGGCGAUGGCGACGACGACGAUCGUGAUUUUCUCGUUAGAAAAAAAAAAUUUGAUAAAAAAAAUGACGAGUUUAUAAAAUCCCCGGAAAAUAAUAUUUUCGACGUUAAAAAAUUAAUUGCGAAUUCACGUCGUCGGGAUUACGAUUUGUCGGAUUUUGAUUUGAAAGUACCCGUCGGGGAAACAAUCGGAUUAAAACCGGAUAAAAAAUCGGUAUCAUCGAAAAAGUCGAAAUGCGGCGAUGGACGUUUCAGCGAUGACGUCAUAAAACCAUUCGAAAUGACCCGGAAAAUCGACAAGAGAUACGAAGGAUUGUUGACGUCGAUAUUGGAAAAGAGAAAUGUUUUCGUCGGUAAUUCGAAAAAGAAAAACUUUGGUUCCGGAAAACACCAACGUAACACUGCCAGGGAAAAUUCGUCGGGAGGGGAUACGAACGAAAGUUAUCGAGCGCAUUUGGAAAAAAUACGGAAAAGUUCGGGAUUCGACGAAUUGUACAAACGAUCCCGUUCGAAUUUACCGAAAAUAAAUAAUAAAAAUAAUUACUGGUUGGAAAGGGGUGAGAUUCACGCUCGUGACACGUCACAAAACGAUUUGAUGCGUUUGAAAAAAUUUAGAGAAAUGACGGGAAAAAGGGAAACGGGAACGAAAACGACGAAGAUGACGAAGAUGUACGAUUUCGACGACGACGACGAUGACGACGUCUAUUACCACGACCGAGGGGAUUACCAACGAAAUCCCUAUUACGUCGAAUACGAUGAUGAUAAAUUAUUAAGGGAUUUUAAACGGGAAAUGGGAUGCGUUUACAAGAGGCCGCCUAUGACUAAACUGGGGGGUGGUUUGGAAAAAAUUAAUUUGAAUCGUCCUAAACCGUUCGGGUUGUCGUCGUUGUCGACGACGUCGUUUUUACCAGGAGAAUAUGUUAGAAAUUCCACUUAUAAAUCCACGUCGAGUUGCGGGGAUUCGCCCGAGGGAACGUUUAAAAACAUGCAGAAAACGAAAAAGAAUAAAAUAUACAAAGGAGGGGAAGAUGGGGGGAGGGGGAAAAAAGAAACGUUUGGAAAAUGUAAAAAUUCAACGAAUUCGAACGUCGGAAGGAGCAAAAGUCAAAAUUUUUCAAGGAAUCGUACGAUUAAAGAACAUUCUGGAAUAUUACCACCCAUCGAAUCGAGCAUCAUAUGUAGAGAAUUGACCGGAUAUACGAAGAAAAUGGUCACGAAAACGGGAAAAUCAAAUAAAAGAUUAUGA